GUUGAGCCUUUUCGCUUUCCGUACAGGAAUUUGAAGACUGCAUUACGUCAUUCAUCCAGACAGCGGCAGGGAAGCCGCUUCGUCCAGUAGGAGUGUAGAGACUCUUUCUCUUUUUCUGUUGAGAAUUAAAGGAUUUGUGUGUGUGUGAGGUGUGAGAGUGUGUGUGUUUUUGCUGGGGUCUCCGGGGUUGUUGAAGACGAGUGAACUCUCCUGCUUCAGUAUGAACCGUCUGUGAAAGGAUUUAAAUACCGACGGCGCUCUUAGAAAGCAGAUGGAGGAACCAGAAGUUGCAGAUGGUUGUUACUGCGCGGGAUGUGGAGGAGAAAUCCAAGACUCGUUCCGCAUGAAGGUCCUCCAGGACACCUGGCACAACGCCUGCUUCCAAUGCUCCGUGUGCUGUGACCACCUGACUAACUGGUACUAUGAGAAGGAAGGGAAGCUGUACUGUCGCGAGCACUACUGGGAGAAGUUUGGCGAGCUCUGUCAUGGCUGCUCCCUGCUCAUGACUGGACCUGCCAUGGUGGCCGGAGAACACAAGUAUCACUCGGAGUGCUUUGUGUGUCUGAGCUGCAACGUGGUGAUUGAGGACAGGGAUACCUACGCCUUGGUUGAGCGAUCCAACCUUUACUGUGGAAAGUGCUACAAGCAGGUGGUUCUUACACCCAUGUUGGAAAAGCACUCCCACGACUCUGUGCUGGGCUCCCUGCCGCACACGGUGACCCUCAUCUCGAUGCCCUCUGCAGCCAACGGCAAGAGGGGCUUCUCCGUCACGGUGCUGAGGGACGUCAGCGGCUCGGCCAGCGUUCAGGUCAAAGAAGUCCGAGGGAUGCUCAUUAGUCCGGAGGUCCGGAAUGCCAUCCAUGUUGGGGACAGGAUCCUGGAGAUAAAUGGCCUUCCUGUGGGGACACUGAUGCAGGAGGAGGUGGAUGAACUCAUUCACCGCACCAGUCAAACGCUGCAGCUCCUCAUGGAGUAUGACCCGAUCAGGCAGCGCCUGGACCGACUCCGACUGGGAUCGCCAAGAACCCGUCUGGGGGUUUCACCCCCGUCCCGCAUGCGCCUGUCCUCGCCGUCGGACGCGGUCCUGGAGAGAGCCGACGUCGUUGAUGACAGCUCGCUGAAACGCAGGUCUUUGAGGCGCAGUAACAGCACGUGUAAGUCUCCGGGGCCAAAUUCUCCCAAAGAGACGCCUUUUGUUACUCGAGACAUCGGCCGCUCUGAAUCCUUGAGAUCUUACAGUAGCUGCUCUCAUCGCAUCUUCCGGCCAUGUGACCUCAUCCACGGAGAGAUCUUGGGAAAAGGCUUCUUCGGGCAGGCUAUAAAGGUGACUCAUAAAGCCACAGGAGAGGUGAUGGUGAUGAAGGAGCUGAUCCGGUGUGACGAAGAGACACAGAAGACUUUCCUCAAGGAGGUGAAAGUAAUGCGCUGCCUCGAACAUCCGCACGUGUUGAAGUUCAUCGGCGUGCUGUAUAAGGACAAGCGGCUUAAUUUGAUAACCGAGUAUAUCGAGGGAGGGACCCUGAAAGACUUCAUCAGAGACACGGAUCCGUUUCCAUGGGAGCAAAGAGUGAGCUUUGCAAAGAGCAUCGCUUCUGGCAUGGCUUACCUCCACUCGAUGAGCAUCAUACACAGAGACCUCAACUCUUACAACUGCCUGGUUAAACUGGACAACACCGUGGUCGUGGCUGACUUUGGACUGUCCCGGCUCAUACUAGAGGACAAAGUCAAGCCUCCACCUGAAAAACCGACCACCAAGAAGAGGGUGUUCAGACGCAUCGACCGAAAGAAGCGGUACACUGUUGUGGGGAACCCUUACUGGAUGGCUCCAGAGAUGCUAAAUGGUAAACGCUAUGACGAGAAGGUGGACAUUUUCUCAUUCGGAAUCGUACUCUGUGAGAUCAUUGGAAAAGUCUCCGCAGACCCCGAGUGCCUGCCCAGGACGCUGGACUUUGGCCUGAAUGUUGGCAAGUUUGUGGAGAAGUUUCUCCCUGAAGACUGUCCGCCGGCCUUCUUCCCGCUGACUGUGGCCUGCUGUGACCUCACGCCAGACACCCGCCCACCUUUCCAGAAGCUGGAGGACUGGAUCGAGGCUUUGUCCCUCAACCAGGAGCUGGGGAUCCCCCUGCCCGCCGAACUGGACGACCUGCACCAGAGAGCGAGUCGCCUCUACAUGGCGAAGGACGGCUCCCCGUCCCAGAGCACCAAUCAGUCAUCAACCUCAGCGGCAGCCCCUCCCGGCUCCUCCUGCGUGACGGGAAGUGGCACCUAGGACCCGCGCCUGUCACCUUUGACCCCCUCUGAACUGCUGCACUAGUGCUGUUUGACGUGGAGGAGGAAAAGGGGGACGUUGCAUCAGAGCAGAGGCGUUUUGGAACUGGAUAAGCUGCGGUAGCUGGACCAACCUCCUUGCACGUACACCUUAACUCUGAGAGUGCCGGGGAACUGCAACGGAGGCGGAAAGACACAUUUCAAAAGGACUAGAGUUAUUUACGAUUUAGUUCUCCCCUUUGAAGCUCCCACUACACACAGGCUUUAAAUAAGGUUUACAAGGCAUGAAGACAAAAUGCAACAUUCUCUGGUUGUGUAUGCGGCAAAAGAGGAAGCUCUUAACAAGACUGCAUGAGUGUGACGUGACAGCAGUCUUGUCUGUCUGGCUCUGAAGUGGUUGUGCGCUGUGUGUGGAUUGAUCAGUCCUUUGUCUGGCGGAUCGAUAGGUCAGAGUAAACAGACGGCAGAGUUUGCAGGAAACCGGUGGGACGUAAAACAGUAGUGGAAGAAACAACACACAGCGACUGCGAAUAGCUUCAUCAUCCUGAGGUCUCCAAGAUGGAGACGGAAUGUUUUAGACGUUCUUCCGUCAGAACAACGCAGAGCAAAUAUUUGAUGAGAUGAGUAAGUAUGGUUCUGUACUUAAAAGACUAACGUUUUCGAUUAAUUUCUUAGAAGGAUGCAUGAAUUUCGUCAAACACCUGAUGCAUGUUAAAAAAAACAGGCAGAAGCUCUUAUUAAAGUAGUGAUCAAUGAUCGGCAGACAACUCUUCCGCCGUCGACCAUAAGAAGUUGCUGUACAGAAGAACUGGAUUCAUUUCUUAAUCUAUAUAUAUAAAUAUGUACAUAUCGUGCCUCUAAUUAAAUGCCUUUUUCUUAUGGGGUCUCUAGAUUUUUAGACAUUUUGUUAACUAUGGUUUUUGCCUUUCUGCUAUCAUCCUGCGAGGUACUGACGACCAGUUGUAACCACUAUUAUUUAUAUCGCUGUAGUGUUUCACAAAUAAACCUUGUUGAAGUAG